UCAGUUAUUUAGUUUGGAUCGUUUGGAUCGUUCUCAUUGUCAUUUGGAUCAGUUCUCUCGCGAUGGUUCGCGUCUACAUAUUCAUCGAAAUCUGCUUUACACUGAUCCUAUUCAAGAACGUCGACUCUGUAUUACCACCAUAUAUAAAAGCGUGUAAAAGACAUGAUCCUAAAAUAAACGAAUGUAUCAUGAAUUCGAUCGAGGAACUUCGAGGGAAAUUGGCAGAAGGUAUUCCUGAACUCGAUGCACCGGCUAUCGAACCACUCAAAUUAAAUCAAAUUCGUUUAUUGAGAGGACCUACCGGGGCUAGGCUCGAUAUCAAUCUUACCGACAUUGAGGUAAACGGACCGUCGACCUUUAAAGUACGUGACCUCAAAGCAAACACCGAUGACGUGGUCUUCACUUUUAAGGUCAGCUUUGGAAAGCUUAAUUUUCAAGGAAAAUAUCAGAUAGAUGCUAGAUUGCUUUUACUCAAGCUUGCUGGACAGGGUGAACUCGUUGGUAACUUCACUGGAUAUGAUUCCGACGUUGUCUUGAAAGCACAAAAAAUUUAUAGAGACAAUAACGUUUAUUUACAUUUUGAAAGAAUGAAACUAAAUAUACGAAUUGGUUCUGCUAAUGUUUAUCUAAGCAAUUUAUUUGGUGGCGAUCCAGUUCUAGGACCAGCCAGUAACGAGAUCAUAAAUGCUAAUAGCGCAUUAUUGUUAGAAGAGAUUAGACCAGUGAUGGAAUCAUCGUUAGCUGAUCUUUUUACCAAUGUUUCCAAUAAAAUCGUCAAAUCCUUUACGUACGACGAACUGUUCCCAGAAAAUUGAACGAAUUCUAGACAAAUUAGAAUCUGUUACGUCAAAUUCAUCUAAUUAACGACAGCACACUUCAGGUUUUUCAAAGAUUGUGCCGAUACUUUCAUAAACAGCAUAAUAAUACUCGAAAGAGGAUAAAACAAUAAACAAAAAAAAAAAGAAAAAA